CGAGUCGCGUUCGCGAGCGAACUCUAACCUCGCGUGUUACAGUGCUGUGAGACGUAGUGUCGUGUUUUUUUUCGUGCGUAAGGGCCCCAUGAAGCGGCUGUCAUGCGCAUAGCGGCACUGAUCGCACUCGUGCAGCUGUCGCUAGCUACAGCUGUUUCAGAUGACAUCAACACGCUCACAGCUGCUGAGCUGAACCUCCAGCUCUCAGGAGAGAAUGCCCUCUCUCCUUUCUUCUCCUACGAGAGCGAUGAGGAGGCAGGAGUCACCUUCGUGAGGGGAGCCAGGGCGGCCAGUGCCCUUGCUCCGGAGAUCGAGGUUCAAUGUUCUGGAGACUUCAUCGAUGUGACGGUGGAGUUCCAAGACAUUUACGAUGGCAUUAUCUACAGUAAAGGAUUCUUGAGUGACCCGAAGUGCAAAUACGUAUCCCUCGGUGGAAGCCAGUCCCGGUACUCCUUCAGGGUGCCCCUGAACGGCUGCGGGUCGCGCCCCCUCUGCAACGCUUGUGGGACCAUCGACAAUGUGCUCGUCUUCCAGGCUGAUGACUUCGUGCAGGGCCCCUUGGACUUCGCCAGAAAGGUAUCAUGCGCCAGAACUUCCCUCGAGGUGUCCACAGGCGUGGGCAGACGCGAGGAGUCCCACACCCUCAAGCUGAAGCCCUUCAUGGUGGACAUGUUAGAAGUGGUUGCUGUGGAAGGACCAGCUGGAGGCGUGGAGUGCUGGAUGGACAUUCAGAAGGGUGUCUUCCCCAAUACUUCUCCACUGACUGGCUCUAUCAAGAUUGGAGAGUUCCUGACCAUCCUGGUGUACCUGAAGGAUUCGAGGAAACAGUUCAACCUGAAGAUCCACGAUUGCUGGGCGUACGACAGCGAGAAUUAUGACAGCCCUAGCACCAAUAAGAUCCAGCUUACUGACAAAGAAGGAUGCCCUCAGAAAAAGAAGCUCAUCGACUUCUGGCAGAAGUCAACCAACACGGGAAAGAGUGGCGCUACAUUGAUUGCAUACAGCAAAGUCAGCGCUUUCCGCUUCCCAGAGACUGAUCAAGUGUACCUGACUUGUAACGUUGAGUUAUGUACAAAUAACUGCGAAGCGAACUGCGGAACGACACAAGAGAUAACGACAACAUUCAGACCUAGGUGUUACCCAGGCUCAACAGACCCCAGCUGUGGGGGAGUCACAGCGCCACCACAGAUUAAGUGCUACCCUGGAUCUACCGACCCCAGGUGCCCGAGCGUGACAGCACCGCCUACAGCGCCUAACUGCUACCCAGGCAGUACCGACCCUCGCUGUCCACGACCCACCACCCCUUCAGCUCCCAACUGCUAUCCAGGAAACACCGACCCACGCUGCCCUAGGCCUACCACGCCAUCCGCACCGAACUGCUACCCUGGCAGUAAUGAUCCUCGCUGCCCACGGCCUACAACAUCGGCUCCUAGCUGCUACCCGGGCAGUACUGACCCACGUUGUCCUCAGCCCACGACACAAGCACAGCCCAACUGCUAUCCUGGCAGCACGGAUCCUCGAUGCCCUAAACCUACGACACCUGCACCGCCUAGGUGUUUCCCGGGCAGUAACGAUCCUAGAUGCCCAUCACCCACUACAUCUGGCCCAAGCUGUUACCCAGGGAGCACAGAUCCUCGUUGCCCGAGACCUACGACACCUAAACCAGUCUGCUACCCAGGAUCUCCGGACCCAAGCUGUCCUCAGCCGACACGUCAAACAACAUUAACACCACCAACAUAUUUACCACCAUCAACAGCAGCUCCGUCUUGUUACCCUGGUAGCACUGAUCCUCGGUGCCCCAAACCAACUACGCCUGCGGCUGCUAACUGUUACCCUGGCAGCACAGAUCCUCGUUGUCCUAAGCCGACUACGCCAGCACCACCUAACUGCUACCCUGGAUCUACGGAUCCUCGUUGCCCCAAACCAACGACACCUUCAGCGCCUAACUGCUACCCUGGUAGCACUGAUCCUCGUUGCCCCAAACCAACAACACCUUCAGCGCCUAACUGCUACCCUGGCAGCACAGAUCCUCGCUGUCCGAAGCCGACUACGCCAGCACCACCUAACUGCUAUCCUGGAUCCACAGAUCCUCGUUGCCCCAAACCAACUACGCCUGCGCCUCCUAACUGCUACCCUGGUAGCAGUGAUCCUCGUUGCCCCAAACCAACGACACCUUCAGCGCCUAACUGCUACCCUGGCAGCACAGAUCCUCGCUGUCCGAAGCCGACUACGCCAGCACCACCUAACUGCUAUCCUGGAUCCACAGAUCCUCGUUGCCCCAAACCAACUACGCCUGCGCCUCCUAACUGCUACCCUGGUAGCAGUGAUCCUCGUUGCCCCAAACCAACGACACCUUCAGCGCCUAACUGCUACCCUGGCAGCACGGAUCCUCGUUGCCCCAAACCAACUACGCCUGCGCCUCCUAACUGCUACCCUGGUAGCACUGAUCCUCGUUGCCCCAAACCAACGACACCUUCAGCGCCUAACUGCUACCCUGGCAGCACGGAUCCUCGUUGCCCUAAACCAACUACGCCUGCGCCUCCUAACUGCUACCCUGGUAGCAGUGAUCCUCGUUGCCCCAAACCAACGACACCUUCAGCGCCUAACUGCUACCCUGGCAGCACGGAUCCUCGUUGCCCCAAACCGACGACACCUUCAGCGCCUAAUUGCUACCCUGGCAGCACGGACCCACGUUGUCCUAAACCUACUACGCCAGCACCACCUAACUGCUACCCUGGAUCUACGGAUCCUCGUUGCCCCAAAUCAACUACGCCUGCUGCUCCUAAAUGCUACCCUGGUAGCACAGACCCACGGUGUCCACGACCAACCUCGCCUAAACCAGUCUGCUAUCCUGGCUCACCAGACCCUAGCUGCCCUCAACCACCUCGCCCAACAACGCUUACCCCUCCUACAUAUUUACCACCUUCCACUACGCCUGAAGCACCUAAAUGCUACCCAGGCAGCACUGAUGCACGAUGCCCGAGACCAACUACACCAGCUCCGCCAAGAUGUUACCCUGGAAGUACAGAUCCUCGCUGCCCUCGACCAACAACACCUGAAGCUCCUAAAUGCUACCCAGGUAGCAAUGAUGCUCGUUGUCCAAGACCAACAACACCUGCACCUCCAAACUGCUACCCUGGAAGCAAUGAUCCACGGUGUCCGAAACCAACUACGCCGUCAGCUCCUAACUGCUACCCUGGAUCUACUGAUCCUCGGUGCCCAAAACCAACUACGCCUGCACCGCCUAACUGUUACCCCGGUUCUUCAGAUCCUCGUUGUCCAAAACCGACUACACCAGCACCACCGAAUUGCUAUCCUGGAUCCACUGAUCCUCGUUGCCCUAAACCAACUACUCCUGCACCGCCUAACUGUUACCCUGGCAGCACAGACCCACGCUGCCCUAAACCAACGACACCUGCGCCACCAAGAUGCUUCCCAGGAUCGAAUGACCCACGGUGUCCUAAACCAACUACACCAUCACAACCUAAUUGCUAUCCAGGUAGCACCGAUCCUAGGUGUCCAAAGCCAACUACGCCUGCCCCACCAAAUUGCUAUCCUGGCAGCACUGAUGCACGUUGUCCUAAACCAACAAGUCCUAAACCAGUCUGCUAUCCAGGAUCACCUGACCCAAGCUGUCCUCAACCACCAAGGCCAACUACCUUAACGCCUCCUACUUACUUGCCUCCAUCCACAGCUACACCAAAAUGCUACCCUGGUAGUACUGACCCUCGGUGUCCAAAGCCCACUACACCAGCCCCACCGAACUGCUAUCCUGGAAGCAACGAUCCUCGUUGCCCUAAGCCUACCACUCCUGGCCCGCCAAGGUGCUUCCCAGGCAGUACCGACCCUCGUUGCCAGAAACCUACCACACCAGCACCUCCAAACUGCUACCCUGGAUCCACAGAUCCUCGUUGCCCUAAACCAACCACUCCUGCACCACCAAACUGUUACCCAGGAAAUACUGACCCAAGAUGCCCUAAACCUACUACCCCAGCACCUCCUAACUGUUACCCCGGAAGCAAUGAUCCUCGUUGCCCUAAACCUACAACUCCAGCCCCACCUAGAUGCUUCCCUGGCAGCACGGACCCACGUUGUCCUCAACCUACAACACCAGCUCCACCAAGGUGCUACCCUGGCAGCACUGAUCCUCGUUGCCCUAAACCAACAACACCCGCUCCUCCUAACUGCUUCCCUGGCAACAACGACCCACGAUGCCCUAAGCCAACGACACCGGCUCCACCAAAUUGCUACCCUGGCAAUAAUGAUCCUCGUUGUCCAAAACCUACUACUCCCGCACCGCCAAAUUGUUACCCCGGAAACACAGACCAACGUUGCCCUAAACCCACUACACCUCAACCUUUGAAAUGCUAUCCAGGUAGCACAGACUCUAGAUGUCCCCGGCCUACGACACCAGCGCCACCUAAUUGUUUCCCUGGCAGCACUGAUGCACGUUGUCCUAAACCAACAAGUCCUAAACCAGUCUGCUAUCCAGGAUCACCUGACCCAAGCUGUCCUCAACCACCAAGGCCAACUACCUUAACACCUCCUACUUACUUGCCUCCAUCCACAGCUACACCAAAAUGCUAUCCAGGCAGCACUGACCCUCGCUGCCCCAAGCCUACUACUCCUGCACCUCCUAACUGUUACCCCGGAAGCAAUGAUCCUCGUUGCCCUAAACCUACAACUCCGGCCCCUCCCAGGUGCUUCCCAGGAAGUACUGACCCCCGUUGUCCCAAGCCUACUACACCAGCUCCACCAAACUGUUAUCCUGGAAGCACUGAUGCAAGGUGUCCCAAACCAACUACUCCUGCACCACCAAACUGCUACCCCGGUAGCAAUGAUCCUCGCUGCCCUAAGCCUACGACUCCAGCCCCUCCUCGUUGCUUCCCAGGCAGCACAGACCCUCGCUGCCCACAGCCAACGACCCCGGCCCCACCUAGGUGCUUCCCUGGCAGCACGGAUCCUCGCUGCCCUCAACCUACUACACCAGCCCCGCCUAGAUGCUACCCUGGCAGCACGGACCCCCGCUGUCCCAAGCCUACAACUCAAGCGCCUCCUAACUGUUACCCUGGUAGCAAUGAUCCACGAUGCCCUAAGCCUACUACCCAGGCGCCUCCAAAUUGCUACCCAGGCAACAAUGAUCCGCGUUGUCCUAGACCCACCACGCCAGCCCCACCUAAAUGCUAUCCCGGCUCGACAGAUUCUCGCUGUCCUAAAACAACAACCCCCAAACCGGUUUGUUACCCAGGUUCGCCCGACCCUAGUUGCCCUCAACCACCAAGGCCAACUACCUUAACACCUCCUACUUACUUGCCUCCAUCCACAGCUACACCAAAAUGCUACCCUGGUAGUACUGAUCCUCGUUGUCCAAAACCAACGACACCGUCCCAGCCAAACUGCUAUCCUGGAAGCUCAGACCCUCGAUGCCCCAAACCAACCACUCCGGCUCCACCUAGAUGCUUCCCUGGCAGCACAGAUCCUCGUUGCCCUCAGCCUACGACACCAGCUCCACCUAGGUGCUUCCCUGGAUCUACUGACCCUCGCUGUCCCAAACCAACUACUCCUGCGCCUCCUAACUGCUUCCCUGGUAGUACGGACCCACGUUGCCCCAAACCUACAACGCCCGCGCCUCCUAACUGUUUCCCAGGAAAUAAUGACCCUCGUUGCCCCAAGCCCACAACUCCCGCGCCUCCUAACUGUUAUCCAGGAAACAAUGAUCCUAGAUGUCCCAAACCAACAACCCCCGCACCACCAAGAUGUUAUCCUGGCAGCAAAGAUUCCCGCUGCCCAAAACCAACUACUCCAGCUCCACCGAACUGCUAUCCUGGAAACACUGACCCCAGAUGCCCAAAACCGACAACGCCUGCCCCACCCAAUUGUUUCCCAGGAAAUAACGACCCACGUUGCCCAAGGCCUACGACACCUGCGCCCCCGAAUUGUUUCCCUGGAAGCACAGACCCUCGCUGCCCUAAGCCUACAACUCCUGCUCCACCAAGGUGCUACCCAGGCAGCACGGACCCACGUUGUCCGAAACCUACAACUCCUCAGCCGACAAAACCAGUCUGCUACCCAGGCUCACCUGAUCCCAGCUGUCCCCAACCACCAAGACCCACAACUUUGACUCCUCCCACAUACCUACCACCUUCGACAGCUUCACCUAAGUGCUUCCCAGGUAGCACAGACCCUCGCUGUCCAAAGCCUACGACACCAGCACCACCAAAUUGCUACCCUGGCAACACAGAUCCUCGAUGCCCAAAACCAACUACUCCAGCUCCGCCUAGAUGCUUCCCUGGCAGCACAGAUCCUCGCUGCCCUCAGCCUACCACUCCUGCUCCACCCAGGUGCUUCCCUGGAUCUACUGACCCUCGUUGUCCCAAACCAACUACUCCUGCGCCUCCUAACUGUUACCCAGGCAACACCGAUCCCCGUUGUCCUAAACCCACUACUCCAUCUGCACCAAACUGUUACCCAGGCAACACUGAUCCGCGGUGCCCCAAGCCUACUACUCCUGCGCCUCCUAACUGCUUCCCUGGUAACAACGACCCUAGAUGUCCAAAGCCUACCACACCGGCUGCUCCUAAUUGUUACCCAGGCAACACCGAUCCUCGUUGCCCCAAACCAACAACCCCCGCACCACCAAGAUGCUAUCCUGGCAGCACAGAUUCACGAUGCCCCAAGCCUACUACCCCGGCUCCACCUAAAUGCUUCCCUGGGUCAACAGAUCCACGUUGUCCUAAACCAACUACUCCUAAACCCGUCUGCUAUCCAGGCUCACCUGACCCUAACUGUCCUCAACCACCAAGGCCUACCACAUUGACACCUCCAACAUAUUUGCCACCGUCUACGGCUACACCAAAAUGCUUCCCUGGUAGUACGGACCCACGUUGCCCCAAGCCUACAACGCCCGCGCCUCCUAACUGUUUCCCAGGAAAUAAUGACCCUCGUUGCCCCAAGCCUACAACUCCAGCUCCCCCUAACUGUUAUCCAGGAAACAAUGAUCCUAGAUGUCCAAAACCAACGACACCAGCUCCACCCAGAUGCUACCCAGGUUCUACUGAUCCUCGCUGCCCUAAACCAACAACCCCUGCACCUCCUAACUGCUUCCCCGGUAAUAAUGACCCUCGUUGCCCCAAGCCUAUAACACCCGCGCCUCCUAACUGUUAUCCAGGAAGCAAUGAUCCUCGUUGUCCAAAACCAACGACACCAGCUCCACCCAGAUGCUACCCAGGUUCUACUGAUCCUCGCUGCCCUAAACCAACAACCCCUGCACCUCCUAACUGCUUCCCCGGUAAUAAUGACCCUCGUUGCCCCAAGCCUACAACGCCCGCGCCUCCUAACUGUUAUCCAGGAAGCAAUGAUCCUCGUUGUCCAAAACCAACGACACCAGCUCCACCCAGAUGCUACCCAGGAUCUACUGAUCCUCGUUGCCCCAAACCAACAACCCCUGCACCUCCUAACUGCUUCCCCGGUAAUAAUGACCCCAGAUGCCCCAAACCAACGACUCCAGCACCACCAAGGUGUUAUCCAGGAUCAAGUGACCCACGCUGUCCGAAACCUACAACUCCUCAGCCGACAAAACCAGUCUGCUACCCAGGUUCACCUGACCCCAACUGCCCACAACCUUCAAGACCAACUACAUUGACACCUCCCACUUACUUACCACCUGCGUCUCCUGAGCCUAAAUGCUACCCUGGCAGCAAUGAUCCUCGUUGCCCCAAACCCACUACACAAGCUCCUCCUAGAUGCUACCCUGGAUCUACAGAUCCUCGUUGCCCGAAAGUAACUACACAAGCACCACCUAACUGCUACCCAGGAAGCACUGAUCCUCGUUGUCCUAAACCAACAACGCAAGCCCCACCUAGAUGCUACCCUGGCUCAGACGAUCCUCGUUGUCCAAAACCGACAACCCAGGCUCCACCUAACUGCUACCCCGGUAGCAAUGACCCACGGUGCCCCCGGCCAACCACCCAGGCACCACCUAACUGCUACCCAGGAAGCACAGAUCCUCGUUGCCCGAAACCAACUACACAAGCGCCACCUAACUGCUACCCCGGCAGCAACGACCCUCGAUGCCCCAGGCCUACCACUCAGGCCCCGCCUAACUGCUACCCUGGCAGCAAUGACCCUCGAUGCCCCAGGCCUACCACUCAAGCCCCGCCUAGAUGCUACCCAGGAAGCACAGAUCCUCGUUGUCCUAAACCAACAACGCAAGCCCCACCUAGAUGCUACCCUGGUUCAGACGAUCCUCGCUGUCCAAAACCGACAACCCAGGCUCCACCUAACUGCUACCCCGGAAGCAAUGACCCACGGUGCCCCCGGCCAACCACCCAGGCACCACCUAACUGCUACCCAGGAAGCACAGACCCUCGUUGUCCAAAACCGACAACCCAGGCUCCACCUAACUGCUACCCAGGUAGCAAUGACCCACGGUGCCCCCGGCCAACCACCCAGGCACCACCUAACUGCUACCCAGGAAGCACAGAUCCUCGUUGCCCGAAACCAACUACACAAGCGCCACCUAACUGCUACCCCGGUAGCAAUGACCCUCGCUGUCCCAAGCCCACUACCCAGGCCCCGCCUAGAUGCUAUCCAGGCUCAACUGACCCACGUUGUCCUAAACCCACAACACCUCAACCAACUAAACCCGUCUGCUACCCAGGUUCACCUAACCCUAACUGUCCUCAACCAUCAAGACCAACUACAUUAACUCCUCCCACUUACUUGCCACCUGCAUCUCCUGAGCCUAAAUGCUAUCCAGGAAGCACAGAUCCUCGUUGCCCGAAACCAACUACACAAGCUCCUCCUAGAUGCUACCCUGGCUCUAACGAUCCUCGCUGUCCAAAACCGACAACCCAGGCCUCACCUAACUGCUACCCCGGCAGCAAUGAUCCUCGAUGCCCCAGGCCUACCACUCAAGCUCCUCCUAACUGCUACCCAGGCAGUAAUGACCCUAGGUGCCCCAGGCCAACAACUCAGGCCCCACCUAACUGCUACCCUGGCAGCAAUGACCCACGAUGCCCCAGGCCAACCACUCAGGCCCCACCUAACUGCUACCCCGGCAGUAAUGACCCUCGGUGCCCCAGGCCAACCACUCAGGCCCCACCUAACUGCUACCCCGGCAGCAAUGACCCUAGGUGCCCAAGGCCAACCACUCAGGCCCCACCUAACUGCUACCCCGGCAGCAAUGAUCCUCGAUGCCCCAGGCCUACCACUCAAGCUCCUCCUAACUGCUACCCAGGCAGUAAUGACCCUAGGUGCCCCAGGCCAACAACUCAGGCCCCACCUAACUGCUACCCUGGCAGCAAUGACCCACGAUGCCCCAGGCCAACCACUCAGGCACCUCCAAGGUGUUACCCUGGCUCCACUGACCCUCGCUGUCCAAAACCGACAACACCUAGCUCUUGUUACCCAGGCUCUAAAGACCCUAAAUGCCCACAGCCCUACGCUCCUAGCAGUACAAAUCCACCUUCCACCUAUCUGCCACCGUUCCCCGUUGAUAACGAGAUAAGGUCGUCUAGAACUGGCAGAUUAGCUUCCAAUGAUGUAGAUUUCUAUGAAGAUGGCGCUCAAACUGACGCAGACAACUUUGAAUUCGCCAGAACUAAGCCCAGAAGUAGAAAAGCGAGAGACGUCAGUCAUCUCAGCAACGACAUUGCACAGCCUGCCAGUGGGUCGUCAGUCGUCUACCUGACUGUUGGCUCAGCAGUCUUCAUGAUGCUAGCAGUAUCCCUUGCCAUUUACGCAUUCAACAAACGCAGGCAUAUGUCAGUCAAACCAGCUGUCAACGCUCAAACUCUUUGUUAAAUAUUUGUACAGUAACGUUAAGGUUAUGGUUAAUAUUGUGAUAUUAUAAUAAUGAACCUUUUAUUUGCAAUACAUGCUUGCAAACUUUUUUGUGAAAAGGUUUACUAUCACUGCCUUAUUAGCUUUAUAAAUCCAGGCGCUUUUUAUUCGCAUGCCUAUUUUAUAUAUGUAUAAAAUAGUGCCAUAAUAUAACUUGAUGCAGUCUCGAAAUUAUAUUGAUAUGUAAUUAUAUUCCCUAGUCAAAAUAAAUAUUUAUGUACAUAUAAACAGAAAUGUAUAAACCUGUAUUCGGUGAAUAAUAUGUAUAAAUCAUACUUGUUUGUGAUAUUUUUGUAAAUAUAUUUGCCAGUACGCUAUGUGGCCAUUCAAUGACUAGAGUUACUAUGUAAUGACGUGAAUUAUAUUCGUUUUGUUUUGUUACAAUGAUAUUUUUAAAGAUACGUUUUAUAUUUUAGUAUGCCUAUCGUGUAGUUACCAUACAAAACAGAACGUGUAUAAUGGGUCACUUUGAAUUUUGACUUAUGUAUGUUAGUAAGAUUGCUUGUGGAGUCAAUCUAAGUAAAACAUUCUAUGAAUGUCA